GUUUUCCUGUGAUAAAUCUUUAGAAUUAAAAACACACAUUGUACAAUAUUAAUAUAUGCAACAAAGCGCCAUGAUUGAAAGUUAUGUCCAAGAAAACAACAUGGUUGUGUUUGUUUGGGGCACACCUACACCUCCAUCGGAUAUGGCAGAAAUUGUUGAGUCGAUAAAAAAAUUAGUUGGAAGUAAUGGACAAGUUAAGGUUGAAAAUGCAACCAUGCUUGUAAAAUCGGGACAUGGCAAUUCAUCUUUUGAUGUUGUGAUCUCUGGCACUGACCAAUCACCCUUCACCCACACAAAUGAUUUGCUUGCUGAAAUGUUGAGAAUAUUAAAACCAACUGGUCAACUUGCAAUCAACGAAUCAAAAGGUGAAAGGUCAGCAGAUAAACUUAAGUCUGUGUUAACUCUUGCUGGAUUUACAAAAAUUAUGCAGGUAGAAAAUAAAUCGGACAAUGUGAUUGAAAUGACAUGCCAGAAACCAAACUUUGAAGUUGGGAAGUCAUCAAAAUUGCCAUUAUCGUUUUCUAAAAAAAGUACAAAUCCUGAUGUUGCAAAAGUUUGGACGUUAUCCUUAGAUGAUAUGAACGAUGAUGAUGUGGAUCUAAUUGAUUCCGAUGCAUUACUGGAUGCAAAUGAUUUAAAGCGACCUGAUCUGACAGGAAUUAAAACCGACUGUGGUACAAGUAAAGGUGGAAAAAGGAAGGCUUGCAAAGGAUGUACUUGUGGGUUAAAAGAAGAGCUGGAAACUGGUGUGCAAGCUCCAGUACAACAAAAGUCAGCUUGUGGAAGUUGUAACUUGGGUGAUGCAUUCAGAUGUGCAAGCUGUCCAUAUCUUGGAAUGCCUCCAUUUAAGCCGGGUGAACAAGUCACAUUGUCGUCUCGCCAGUUAAAUCCUGACAUUCAAACAUGAUUAUGAUUUGUCAUAAAGGUCCUGUUGCAUUGUGGGGUUCAGACUUGAUAAUUGUGAGUUAUAGAACGAAAAAACUUGCAAUGUGGCUGCUAAUUAUAAAAAUAGCUAUAUUGGAUGAAGCUGAAUGCUCACACUAGAACAUUUUUCCAAACAAAUUAAAGAUUGUAGCAACUAUGUAAACUUUUAUUGGUGUUGUUCAUGUAUUGACCACUUAGUAGUUAUUAUAAUUUUAAUUUCUAUAUCAAAAUUAUAAAUUAUUUGGGUUGUUUUCCUAUUUAGUGUAUUGGUGUGAUCUGUGUUAUUUGCUUUGAUCUCAA